AUGAAUAGUAUUUUAUCAAAUUUUAACUUUUAUACGGCAUUAACAUUAAUUGUAUUAAUAUUAAGUAUUAAUUUAUUUCAUUUAUGGUAUUUAAUAUUUAAACGUUUUCAAUAUAAUCUAAAUAAUGGUCGAUUAUUAACAUUAUCAAAAUCAAAUUUAUUUAGUUCAUCUAUAGCAUCAUUAUUUAUUUCAUUUUGGUUAAUACCAUUUUUUUUCACUCAAACAUCUGUAACUAAUAUAUGGACACCAAUUUCAUAUACAUGGAGAUUAUGGUUAUAUGGUUUUCAUGUCAUCGAUUCUGUACAAAUAUUAUCAUUAUUAUUAUUAACAAUUGAACUUUAUUUUAUACAAAAAACAUCAUCAAAUAAAAUAUCAAUUCGUUUAUAUCAACCUAUUCUAUUUGUCAUUAUCAUUUGGCUUACACCCAUUAUCGCAUUUUCACCAAUAUUAUGGUUAUCUGAAAGAAAUUCACUAAUUAUUAAACGAUUGAACAAACAACAAUUAUCUACUACUAGUCAAUUGAGCGAUUAUUUUCCAUUUAGUCUUUUUCAACGUUAUACAUAUUCUCCCGUAUUAGCAUUACUCUAUGUAACAACAUAUAUUAUACCCUUAUGUUUGUCUUUAUUAAUCUCAUUAUUAUCUAUUGUUACAUAUAUUAGACAGAAAAAAAUGAAUCACAAUAAGAAAAAUAUAUCAAAAUAUAAAACAAAUCAAAUUUUAUUUGAUAAUAAUGUUAAAUCUCAUCAUUGUGAAAUUGUUGAAUUAAAUAGUUUGAUUCAAAAUGUACUGAAUUUUAAUCUAACUGAUAAACGACCGAUUACAACAUCAACAUUUGAAAAUUAUUCCAAUGAUCAUUUUACUAUUGGUAAAAAGAGAGAUCAAUGUGUUAAUAAUUUUCACACUGAGACAACAUGGUCACCAUCAAAUCAACAUAUAAAAGAAGAACAUGAAGAAUUACAUAAUCAUCGAACAAAAAAAAUUCGCACAUCAUCCUAUGAAGCUUCUCUUCGUUCGUCAAUAAUUAUUGAUGAUGUUGUAUCGGUGACCCUGACAAAUAGUAGUAAUAGUAGUGAUAUAAUGAAUAGGACGUCCUCCAUGACAGAAGAAGAAUUAUCAUCAUCAUUAAUAGUUGAUUCAGAAACAUUACUUAUUCCUUCUCAAACAAAAAAUCAAAUAAUCAAAUCAAUAUCAUCUCGCAUUGUCAAAAAUCUUAUUCUUAUCAAUAUUUUAUCUGUUAUUGUUUAUUUUCCAUACGUAAUAUCUGCCCUUCUAUUAACACAUUAUGUUAUCAAAAUUCAAUCCUAUCUUAUUAUCUAUUCAAUUUAUUUUCACUGGUUUGCAGCUCUUCUAACGCCAUUACUCCAUUUAUAUUUACAAUAUUUUUUAUUUACUUGGUAUUGUAAGAAAAAAAUAGUGAAUAAACAUAUACCAGUGUAUAUGAUUAAAAAUCGUAUGAACGAAAAACAGUCGAUGUCCAGAAAAAAACAGAAAUAUACAAAAUUUACAAAUGAGAGAAUAAAAUACUAUACAGACUGUAGGAAAAAUUCUGAAUUUUCGUCAAUGAACAAGUUAACAUGGAUGCCAAGCACAAUCGAAUGUUUUAAACUUAGAAAAUCAACUGCAUAAAAUAAAUUCUUUUUUUUUUAAUAAAAUAAAUAAAAAAAACUACCAUAACAAUAUUAUGUGUUUCUUCUUCCAGUGGCUAACUAGUUCUAUGGGAAAAAACCGUAUGACUUUUUAUUGUCUCUCUAUGAAACGGAAUAGUAUCAUUUCACUCUCAAGACUAAGGGUACACUAGCUUAAAAAACUCCUCUUUUUCGUGUUUUCAGAAAACUAUUUGAAGAAAUAAUUUAAAUUCUCUGAGAUAUAAAGAAUUUAGUCUUUAUUUUUCAAUGAAAAAUAUGAGUUUUACACUUAAAAAGUGCCCCACAAGCGCUGGAAUGAUUUCUAGAACCAUGAAUUUACAAAUCGUCUCAAAAAAAAAUUCCUUAUUAUACCAAACCAUAGACAAUUUAAUUCUCUACAAGAUUGUAUAUUCAUUUUUAAGAUUCAUCUUUGAUGUUUGGCACAGUAAGUCUAACAGGAAAAGAUUUUAUACUGAAAUAGUCAAAACUUUGUUUAGUG